UACCGGUCGGUGGUGAGCGCAGUGCCUUCCCAACCGUCGACUCUUGCGCCGCUACCGCCGCCGCGCAAGCGCAGCUCGCGCCAAACCUUCUAUUCUUGAAAUCCUUAUCAAUUUCUAUAACUUGUUACGUGUCCAAGUAAAAGUGAGCUUCAGUGUUAUCAAGUACUUUUUUUGGAUCAGGAAGCUUUUUAUUUGAAGACACGGGCAGUUCCCGACCCUCGAUGGAGUUCCUCGUUGUCAAGUGACAGUGUAAGACAGUGUCAAGAUGUGCGGACAAUACAAGCACAAGAUGAUUUUGGUGGCAACCAUCUUAGUGUUAGUUAGUGUCGCCAGUGGGACGAACUCUAGUGUCUCGAGUGACGCCAAUGUCUCCAGUGAUGCCAGUGAUCUUGGGGGUUCGAGAAUGGCCUGGUUGAAGGCACUGCUCGACCACCACGAGUGGGCCGACAUCCUCGCCAAUGACACUACAGCCCUGCCACCACAAUGUGCUGUAGAUCUGCGGCUGUAUGUUGCAGCCCUGAACAAAGGGGAACUUUGGGCUUCUAAGAUGUACGAUGCGUCUGGCCAGUACACCUCGAACGUGCUGUUCGGCAGCGAGUACUGGCUGGGGUCAUUGAACGCGUGCAUCGACCUGCGCCUGAAGCAGUACUAUGCGCAGACGCCGCCCUUCGACACCGGCUUCUACAUCGCCAAGGUCAACCUCACGGUUGACCAGGAACACUUGCCUACAAGCAGGGUGAUGCUGGUAGGCGAGUGUAUCCCGACAUCAUGCGCGGAGGAGGGUCUCGCAGCCGUCCUAGCGGGGGCCGAGCGCGCGGCCGCCGCCCGGGCGUCCGCUGCCGGCCUCGACGCCUCCAUCCACACCGUGGGCGUCCGCCCCGUGCCCGGAAACUACAGCAUAUUUCGGGACACCAAAUUUCAAAUACUCGGUUCAGCAGUGCUGCUGGUGGGUGUGCUGAUGCUGGUGUCGUCGGCAUACGAGGGCUACCUGGAGCGCCGGCACCGCCUCGCCGCCGCCUCCCGCGACCUCGAGCUCGCUGACAACCGUCUCAAAGCUCACAACAAUAAUGUGGCCGAUGCUGAGGCGAAGCCUGCUGCGGACAACAAGGACACAGAAAGAGACCGAGACCUGCGGCGCGAGACUCGUGGAUCGUGGUCAGAGUUGUUGCUGUCGUUCUCCAUGCUAUCGAACGGCAGAACCAUCCUGAACACCGACCGACCCACCGAUGGAGCGCUCACCUGCCUGCAUGGGAUGAGGUUCAUGUCGGUGAUAUGGGUGAUAAUGGUGCACACCUACCUGACGGUGUUCUAUGUGGCGGACAACAAGACCAUGCGUAUCGUCACCGAGCGCAACUUCAUGUACCAGUCCGUCGGCAACGCCUCCUACUGUGUCGACACCUUCUUCUUCAUUAGUGGUCUACUUGUGACGGUACUUUUCCUCAGAACCGAGGACAAAAAAGCGAAGAGCAAAGCUGAUAAAAAGAAACAGAACGAUAAACAGGACAUGAACAAAAACAUCAACGGGUACACCAACUCUGCGUUGUCGGUAUCUGUGAUCAGCCAGCAAUCGUUUUGUGAGGAUUUAAUGGAUCGACCUUCGUCUAAAGGAUACAGUAAAGAUGAGAUAUUCAGGAUGACUAAAUCAUUCUUUGUAUUGUUCGGGUAUCGAGUGGUAAGAUUAACCCCUGCGUACGCCUUCGUCAUCGGUCUGAACGAGGUAGCCCUCAGGUACACCCACUAUCACUCGGUGUUCGAGUCCGCCGUCCCUGAUCACAUCACAUGUGAUCUCUUCUGGUGGCGAAACCUCCUCUACAUCAACAAUCUCUACCCUCAACGAGAAAUGUGUAUGGUCUGGUCCUGGUACAUGGCCAAUGACACACAGUUUUAUGUAGUUGGAAUAAUAUUACUACUGAUAUCUGUAAAGCAUCCAAAGAUAUCUUGGGCAUUACUAGGACUGGUGUUGUCGACUUCCUGGGUGACAACAAUUUACAUAUCGGUGUGGCAUCAGUACAAAGCACGGAUACAGGAGCCCUUUGAAAUGUUCGACGCGCUCUACGAUAAACCGUGGUCUAGAAUCGGUCCCUAUUUAAUCGGUAUGGUAGUGGGAUGGUACCUGCACAAGACUAAGUGCAAGGUGCGGCUGCCGUACUGGCUGGUGGUGGUAGGGUGGCCGUGCUCUAUCGCCAUCCUCGGCAGCCUCAUCUUCGGUAUGGUGGACGGAUACUUUGAGGUCUGGCCCACUGCCUUCUACGUUAGUGUGGGCCAUACAGCAUGGGGCGUAGCCUUGGCGUGGAUAGCAGUUGCAUGUUGCUGCGGGUACGGGGGCCUGGUCAACUCCUUCCUCUCGUACCGAGGGCUACUCCCUCUCUCCCGCCUCACCUACUGCGCAUAUCUGGUACAUCCCACCAUAAUGAUGUAUACCUCAGCGCUGUUGGACGGCCCCCUACACAUGCAAAACUCUAUGGUGGUCAGUAUGGUUCUGACCAUCUACGCCGGAUACGCAGUAAUGGCUUUCCUAGCUUCGUUCGCCAUCUCGCUGGCUUUUGAGGCUCCCGCGGUGAGGCUCCUCAAGAUCCUCAGUGGGGGCCCCCCUAAAAACCGCUGCUAAUUUAUUCCCUAAAUUAAGAGAACCCCGAAACUGAAAAUAGUCCUCCAAGACUAUUUAUAGAAAGAUAAAUUAUAUUUGUUGCAAUAGACUAUGGACAAUAAAGUGCAGUCUACAUUUCUUCAUCGCCCAUAUUAGAUAGGUACAUAAUAGAUAGGUACGGUUUUGUAAAAACCGAGGUUUUACUUGGCAAAAAGAACAAACUAAAGAUACGACAAGAUGCCUCUACUAGCCGGUUACUAACCCUCAAACUUCUUAUUUAUUUCACUUUCCAACAAAGGUCUAUUUCAGACCGACCGAUCGGAACGGAUGCGGUGGAGUGCGACAGGAAGCUCAUUAUUUGAAUAGUCGACUGUAUCUACAUAGACAACAAAUAACCAUAUAUAGGUCAAAAUUCAUGACGCUCCCAGUUAAAUGACGUUAGACGGAGAACGGAGACAACCGUUGGCGGUUAGGACCCCGUUUACGGAACAGUGAAGCAUAAACGACGAAUGAAGCGUGCAGGCUUGCUUAUUUAACCAAUGAAAUAGAUAAGUACAGAAAUAGCCUCAAGCCCUGAGUGUGCGCGACACGAGCACUAGAAGAACUGCAAUACGAUUUGCGGCCCCGAAAUUGCAAUUGGAUACUGUCGCAUCACGCUGUUUAGAACACUCGAGCUGUUUGUCGUUGUCAAACAGUAUUGCACUAUAUGAAAAUGGGAAUACACUUAUUUUGCUACGCGUUGGCCCUAAGCAGAUAAAGCUUAUGAAUACCAAGCCUUACUGCCAGCGUCACUUCUCAUCCGACCAUCCGGUGUGGCACAAUCUGUGCAAAUGUGUAUCAUCAGACGGUAGUUACCAUUCAGUUACCAUUAGCGAGCAAUAAGCAUCUUGUUUCAAUUAGAACCCCAAUUAUAUUACGAUUGCUAAGUAGAAAUUGUGGUUUAUAUUGUGGAAAUUACGGAAAACAUUGCAAUCUAACACCGUUUACGUGUUUCUAGGCCGUGCCUCAGAGAUAUGAAAUAUACUUAGUUUAUUAGUAAUAGGUAUCGUUAUAUCAUUUGUGCCUCUCUACUUAAUACAACUAACCAAACGUUAAAAGAGAACUUCGAAAGACAAAAGUGUUCUAUGUACGUAUGUAAUUAUAAUUUUUUUAAUAAAAUUUAAAUCUGUACGUAGAUAGUAAAGAGUACAGCUAAUGCUAAUCUUAAUGAUGCGGAAAAUAUAUAAAGUAGAGAGAACUGACGAACUUUGGUUAAAAGUUUGAAACUGUAAAAAAAUCGGUAUUUUGAUUAAUUUAUACGUAACUAACAUCCGCAAUGCUAGCAUAUGCUGUACAUUUUAUUAUCUGUUAUACCUAUGGACAGACAUUAUGUAACAUUUGCUCUGUAAUUAUGGAGGCAUUUUCCCAGGAGCGGGUCAAUAGGUUAGCAAAGUAUUGUAGAUUUAAUGUGUUUAGCAGUUUAAUAAAUCUAAAGUCACUAAGUACAUCAACUAAAAAUAAGAAGUACCUUACAAUUAGUGUAUAAAUUACGGAAAAUAUUAUGUAUGAAUAUUAUUAAAUUAAUGUGUCCGCAAACUAGUAUCAAAAAAGAUGUUAAUAGAGUCUAAAGUGACGACUACACACAGGUAUAGGCACAUUAAGUCAUUCUGUCAUUAAAUAUUAUUAGUUUCCUAAAACCAAAUCAUUAUAUUCUGAUAAGCUAUGGGCCUUAUCACUUAAUGGAAUAGAAAUGAGUUGUUUCCUAGAAACAAUACUCCUGUCACGUUUGAAUGUGUUUUAAUCCUUUAGAUCGCUUUUCACAUAAAUAAAUUGACGAUAAGUUUACAUAUGGUAACCAAAUACUCUUCCUUAUUGUAUUUCAAUACGUGUUCCAUUAUAUUUCAUAUUGCCGAUAUAUCUUACGUCACGAUUCACGGCUUAGAGGGAUAUAGUAAGCAUACAAUUCAAUAACUUGUAACUUUGGACAGUCUGUUUGAACGAGUUCAUGUUGCAGAUAUAUUUGACGCAACUUAAAUCUAUUUUGACGAUUUUAUCAACAUGGUUCCCACCCUUAAUAGACCGCUAAAGUUGUAAACCUCUUAUAUUCAUUUUGACGUUACACGGUAUGAGAAACCCGAACAUUGUGUAAGAGUACGGUCUGCUACAAAUGACAUAAGCUAUGAUUUAUUUCUCGAAUAGUACUUGCCUAUAUUAUAGAGGCUCAAAAUACUUUUACGUUUAUUUCAACGAAAACAGGCGGUACUGCUCAUGUACCUUGUUGUUGUAAAUAUAAAUCUACGCCACCAACCAGCUGCGUAUCAAUCAUCUGUACAUCGACACGCUCUCUCAUUUCUCUCCAUUUAUAGACAGACUUACAUAAAUAAACUUUCAGGUAAGCUCACUGAACAAAAUUGAUUUUACUUUAAUAUAUUAACUCUGUAUAUAUCACUUCAAAGUGUUUCUUUGACAAUGAAAUCGCUCAAGCAUGCUCACAAAUAUCUUUCAUUUAUAUUGCUUCACUUGUUUUAUCAGUUGAGUACUAAAAAAUAAGUCUUCGGAGUAUCAAAAAUAUGUCUGUUGACCUUUCGACUUUAAUAGGUCUAGCUCAGUUCGUUCAAGUUAUUGAAAAUAUUUGAACCGUCAACAUUUUCAUCUCAGCGAUUUUCAUGAUAGAAGAAUAUUAUCGAAAUAAUAUAAAUUUAACAAGCUGAGGAUAGCAAAUAUAUUUUUUCUUGGUAAAUACCUACUUUAUUGUGAACGAAACUAAUUUUAUAUUCACGCCCCGUGAGAUAUAAAAAAUCGAUAUAAAAGCUAACUCUGGUUACCUCUACCUAUCGUAUUUCAUGGUUUGCUCUAGCAAAAAAUCGCAUAUUAAGUAUGUCAAUUUAGCAUUUGCCCUAGGUUUAUAAAUCAGACUAAGAAAUACUACAAUUUAGCAUGACGCGUGCUCCGACAGUCUACGCAGGUACAAGAAUGAAGACAUUAUACGGAAACAGAAAAUUAUUACUUAAUUUUCACCGGAUAUGUAUCCAAAGCUCAACAUAUUGUAAAUAUUAUAGUGUUAAUAUUGUAAAUACUACCGAUAUGAAAUAUUUUACGAAUAAAACUUUGAAACUA